AUGUUCUUCAACAAGUCUACUCUCGCCCUAGCCUUCGUGGCCCUCGCGAACAUCGUCUACGCUGGCCAGACCCCCGCCUGUCUCCUGUCGGUCAUCGGCGCCUCGUCCAACCCCGCCGACCUGGCCACCCUGUGCGGCUCUGAUGCGAAGAAUCUCGAGUCCCAGAUCUCCGACAAGUGCGGUGACAAGACCCAGUCGGCCCUGAAGUUCUUCGCCAACACCUGCACUGCCAACGGCCACAAGCUCGAAAUCGCUAACGUCUCCACCUCCACCAACACCUCCUCCGGCUUCGUUACCGCUACCGCGACCUCUGGCUCCUCGGCUACUGGCACUGGCUCUUCUGCUAGUGCCUCUUCUACUGGCUCCUCUAGCGGCUCGAGCGCCAGCGGCGGUGCCUCUAGCACUGCUUCGGGUAGCUCGUCAGCUCCUACUGCCACUACUAACGCUGCUGCCGGUCUCCAGUUCCACGGCACUGCCUUCGCUGCUGUUGUCUUCGUCGGUGCCGCUGCGCUGCUGUGA